UUGCUUCCUGUAAUUACAGAGAAGCUCUAUGUGGGGAAGGGAUCUGGCAGCAGCAGCCGGUCACAUCCGGGGCGGGAGGUUUGCUGCUCGCGGGAUCUCUCCGUGGAUGUGUCUCACACAGUUAUUAAUUGGGCAUGCAUCGGCACCUAUUGGUACUGCAGAUGAAAGACUUGGCUGGCGGAGUCCUCGGUCUGAAGUAGUUUCCUGCACACUGGCCGCCUAACCGCAAGCCGGUUAUAGGGAAUUAUGCCGGAGAUCAAGCUGAAACACGUUGUCUCCUGCAGCAGCGCGGAUACGACUCACACAGCGGAGAACCUACUGAAGCCUGACACUUACCGUAAGUGGAAAUCCAGACAAGCCGGGGAGAAGCAGGUCUCCGUCAUUUUGCAGUUUGAGAAGGAGGAGCAGAUCCAUAGUAUUGACAUAGGAAAUGAAGGUUCAGCCUUUGUUGAGGUGUUGGCGGGGCACUCAACGUCUGUCAGCGAGCAGGAAUAUGAGGUGAUCUUGGGAACGUCAUCGUUCAUGUCACCCAGCGAGAGCAAGAGCGGCAGUAACCUGAAUCGCUUGCGGAUGUUUGGGCCAGACAAGCUGGUGAAGGCGGCUGCUGAGAAGAAGUGGGAUAGGGUGAAGAUAGUGUGCACCCAGCCGUACACCAAAAACCUGGCCUAUGGACUGUCCUUUAUUCGUUUCCACUCUCCGCCAGACAAGGAUGAACCCCCACACACUCCACCGAAGGUGACAAAACUAGGACAGUUUAAGGUGAAGGAGGAAGAAAGCUCGUCCCCCUCUAUGCGUCCCGGAAGUCUCUUUUUCAGCCGCACUAACAAGCCUGAUGUGACGCCACCGAAAGCUCCCCAGGCCACACAAAGCUAUGCAUCUGUGACAUUACAGAGCACCGGUUCCGCAGACACCGCAGCCGAGAAGCAGAUAACAAAAACGCCGCCCAGCAACACCACAUCAAAGGAACCUUCCUCUGGGAAACGAAAGUAUGAAUUCAAUAAAGAGCCCUCCAGCCGCCCUCCUGCCAAGGUGUCCCCAUCUCAUUCCAAAGAGAGCAACUCGCACCCAGCUCCAAAGAAAGUGAAAGCUGAGCCCCAAGCUCCGGUAAAGAAGACCCCGCCGCCAGAGAAGCCUGCUCACAAGAAGACUUCUCCCAGUUCCAGCUCCCAGCCAGUAGACCUGAGUCGGCUCCUACAGGGAACAGUGUUUGUACUGAGUGGUUUCCAGAACCCAUUCCGAUCUGACCUAAGGGACAAAGCCCUGGAGAUGGGAGCCAAGUACAGACCAGACUGGACACCGGACAGCACGCAUCUCAUAUGUGCAUUUGCCAAUACGCCGAAAUACAGUCAGGUAAAGGCUGCAGGAGGGAUCAUCGUGCGGAAAGAGUGGAUCCUGGACUGUUACCGGAAGAAACAGCGUCUACCGUGCAAAAUGUAUAGGAUGGACACAGCUGACUCUAGCAGUGAUGAUGAUGACAGUGAGGAAGAUUAUCCGGCUCGGCCAAAAACUCGAGUACACAAACCGAAUCCGGACGCUGCACGAACAAACCAUAAGAAUCGGGCGUCCAGCCCUGCAAAAGCCAAACCAGUAAGAACUGCAGUAAAAGAGGAGGAGAGUGAGGACGAGGAGGAGGAACAACCCAGUGCGGCCAAAAGGAAUCACUCGCCAAAAGUGGAGGAUGAGUUUGGAGGAUCUACGGACGAGGAGAACAUGGAUGAGGACCGAGCUGGCGAUGACGAUUCUGGCGGGGAUACGGAGGAUGAGCUUAGGAGGAUGGAGGAAAAGAAGCAGAUGAAGAGGGAGCACCGGUCCCCUCCUGCAGCCGAUCCCUAUGCCGGCUCAACUGAUGAGAACACAGAUGUGGAGGAGGAGCCUGAGCUCGACCUGCCCAUUCCUGAGCUUCCAGAUUUGUUUAUUGGCAAACGCUUCUUCCUGUACGGAGAAUUUCCUGUUGCUGAGCGCCGGCUGUUGCAGCGAUACAUCACCGCUUUUAACGGGGAGUUGGAGGAGUACAUGAAUGAGAAGGUGCAGUAUGUGAUCACGGCUCAGGAAUGGGACGACAGCUUUGAGGAGGCUCUCAAUGACAACACCAGUCUGUCUUUUGUCCGUCCACGCUGGAUCUACAACUGCAAUGAGCGACAAAAGUGCAUCCCCCACCAGCCGUACGUCGUCGUUCCUCAGGAGUAGUUAGUAAGGAACAUCUAUGGGAACCAAUGUGGAUUCAAUUUGUGGCAUUUUUAGCACCAGAGAAGUAUUGUUGUCUUCUGCGAGUCCGCAACACUGAGCAAUGUCCUAGCGACACCACCCGGGAAUGAACAUCUCCACGCCCCCCUGGCCUGAGCAAUGGUCUGUCACACUGUGUGUAUUGUUGGUAUGUCUCCCAUUAUUUAACUACAGAGCUAUCCCCAGGAUCUGCCCCUUGUGGUCAGGUUGCAGCAUCAGUGGUCUCAGGUAGGGGAAGCAGGUUUACUGACCUUUGUACAUGACUACCCCAUGUAACAUCGACUUGCGGCACCAUAUUUCCCACCGCUGCUCAGCCUAUGUCAGAGUACGUGAUCAGGAGCCUGGACUAGGAGGAACAGCUUACAAUGGAGGAUUGCCUGGUCCCCAAGCCAGGUGUACAGACUGAUGUUAUUGGUAGCUUUGUCUACCCACCAUUAAGAUCCAGGAAUGGAGAAGCUGUGUCAUGUACCUUUUAUAUUUAGGAGAUGGGGACUACUGGCUCAGAUCUGACCUUACACAUGAAGGCAGCUAUUAUAUGGGGUGAACCGCUAUUUACAAGAGUGCGGCCUAUCCAUUCACUAAUGAUUUAGGACUUUGUGACAUCACCAGAUCCUGGUGAACUGAUUGGCUUUGUGCUCUAGAAUAUCGGUACGGCUCACGGCACAGCUGGCCCCAGUUUGUAUGUGUGUGCGACAGUACACAAAACCUUAUAUUGCCCGGCAUAGUAUGGUGGUGGAUAUCCAUUGUAACAGUGCAUGGGUGUGUCAGGGAAUGGGGCUGAGGGUCACAGUGUAAGGACCUUUGUAUGAUGAUUGACAGGUGUGAUAGAAUUGUUCUUUUUAUGUUUUCUUUGUGUUACUUGUAGGAAAUAUAUUUUUUAAUCUGUGGGAGUAAAAAAACAAAACUUUGUAGAAUACAAAAUAAAUAUCAUUUUGUCUGUU